AUGGCAUCUCCAAGUUUCGAACCGACCGAGACCCUGACUUUACCAAGCCAGAUCACUUAUAAGCCAUACAACGAUACCUCACCCGACCGUCCCACCAUAUACUGCUCAGUGUACCCGGACAACACCCAUAGAGCAAUGCUGACCCCUGUUACAUUAUAUUCCAGUUUUGUCCACCCUACAACACACCCCCUUGCUUACUCGGAGUGUGCAGCGGUCUUACAGAGUAUAUCGAGGGAACUUUCAAUUACCUAUGGGAAUCAAUCGAACAUCAGACCAUUUGUCAAUAUGAGCAGCAAGUAA